CAGGAAGGAGCGGCUAUUCGAGGGAAUAAGCUACUGUAAAGGACAGACCAGAGAAGCUCCACCCAGACCCUUUGCUCUCUCUAAUGUGCAGUAACGAUGAGCCCUGCCUUCGGAGCCAUGGAAGUGGAGCACUACGCAAAGGGAGUCCUGCUCGAGCCUUUUUUACACCAGGUCGGGGGACAUUCGUGCGUCCUUCGCUUUAAUGACAAAACAAUCUGUAAGCCAUUGAUUCAAAGGGAGCAUCUGUUCUAUGAAACACUCCCUGCAGAGAUCAGGAAGUUUACACCACAGUAUAAAGGUACGUUUUCCCUUCUUUCUAUGGAAGCCACGUUUAUUUCAACUGUUUCUGGUAUCCUCUGUUCUCCCUAAAACGCUUCUCUGCAGAAGCCUUUGGGGAAUUUUUUUGUUCUUUUUCACAUAUUUCAAUGUUGUCAGGGACAGGCUUUGAUGCGUGAGUUGGCGAUGCUUACCAUUGGGUCUCUUGGCUGACUAAAAGCAUUACAGUUUAGACAAGCUGUGCUUGGGGCCUUAAGUCUCCCAUAGUCUCCCAGUAGGUAAGUGGAACUUGUUCAGACCAGCUCUUAGAAAUAAAUGAUCAUCUGAAUCUUUCUUUCCUCUGUGCUAUCAUUUUCUUCUGCCUUCACUCUUUGAAAGCUGAUUACAAUUCUCCCAUUUAUAUUUUAAUGUUCCUGCUUAGAAUGAAAUGGCCUAAGCCUAAUACUGAAGAGGAAAAGGAUGACAGGGAUAAAUAACCCAUUCUGUUUGCAUCCUGUAGUAAGUAAUUAGACUCGGAUGCCGUUAGUUGCAACUCUUGAAAUUAUCUGCUUUUGUGAUACUUUCUGGAUAACGUUGAAUAUUCUUUUCAGUAUAUUCAUUCUUUUUCUCAUUUUCCUCUUUCCAUAUUUCUCAUAUAUAUGGACUGUAUGAGGUCCUUCAUUUAACAAAAGAAACACAAAUGUGUUAAUGGUAUAUAACAACACAUUUAAAUGUUCUUUGAAAGGUUGGGAACCAGCAUUUAUGACUGUUGUCUUAUCGUCUCUGCUUCUUUCCACUAUUUUGUUUUUAGUAUGGUGAAGGGUGGUCUAUUUACACAGAAUUAACUGUGAUAUAUUGACAGGCUGUUUGCUAGAUGGCUUUAACCCUCUAUCCUUGUAGCCAUUCCUUUUUGUGCUUGGAAGCAGUGGUCUGAGCUUCUGCAAAACCUUCCCAGCUACUGUAAGUCCAGGGUCCUGCACCUCUCUCCCAGCAGUCCUGAGGGACAUGAGCAGCAAGAACGCAUGCAGACUCUAGAAAGCAGAGAGACUUAAAGGACAUUUUUGGGGCACUCAUGGAUAAAACUUGAAUGAUUCAGAUGUUUCAAAGACUUUUAGAAAAAGUCAGUUCUUUAGAGACUGAUGAGCAGAAGGUGCUUCCAUGGUUUCAACAAAAUGCAGUUUACUUUGUAUCUUGUGGGUUUUUUAUUUAUUUAUUUUUUCAAACUGCCCUGCUGCAACUCAGAAAACAAGUCAUUUGCUUUAAAUAAAACCUAAGUAAUCAUGUUGACUCUGAAAAUAAAGCUUUACAGAUAGUUUGUUUCGUUUCACGUUCUGUUUUGCUUUGCUUGUAGCUCUACUAAUCAGGUGCCUAGAUCUGUCUUCAGUUUUGUGAUAUACUGAAUGCUUUUUUUCAUACUUUUUGAUUUUUUUUUUGCUUUGCAACAUUGCAUUAUGGAAACACUCUUGUGUUUCACUGUAAGAUGUAAAUAAGAAAUGUUUUACAUCUUUAAAUACAAUCAAUAAAAACGUCAUCUUAAUAAAUUUUAUCCAGCAUUGAAAAA